AUGGAGCCUCCGACGCAAAUGCCUUCUGCUGCCGCCGUGUCCGCGCCUGCAGCCGAAGGAGUCGCAGCUGCAGGGGGGGAAGGAGCAGCACGAGGCGCGAGCGCGCGCGUAACAAUCCAUACAACCGUCAAUCCCGCUUCGUCCCUGGAUCCUGGGGUUGACGAUGACCCGUUGCUUGACGAGGCGGAGCGGGGCGCGCUAGGGCAGCUGGCGGCGCUGCUGGGGGAGGGGGACGCGGGGACGGUGCGCCAGAUGCUGCUAAGGGGCAACGGGGCCUUCCGCCGGGGCAACUACGAGGAGGCCAUAGAAGCGUAUUCACGCGCACUGCAGCGAUUCAGCCAGCUCGCCUCGUCACAGGCACACUCAGCCACUGUCACUCCCACUACUGCCACACCCACUAGUGUCACACCCGCCGCUGUCACGCCAAACCCGGGCAGCACCAGCACCAGCGGCAGCGGCAGCGGUGGCAGCAGCAACAGCAGCAGCCCGUUUGUGAGCGCCAGCAGCAGCCCAGAGGAGGGGUUCCGACUCCCACCCACCCUCCUCUCUGCUCUGCAAUCUUCCCCCACCCCUACCCCCACCAACACAACCGCUGCCACCACCACCACCGCUGCCACCACUGCCACCCCCACGGCCCCUGUAGCCCCCCGUCUGCCCCCUGACGCUACCUCCGUGCUGCUCAGUAACCGCUCCGCCGCUCUCUGCUGUCUGAGCAAGCGCCUUCGCAGCAUCCCAGCAGCACAGUCGGAGCGCAGGGCCCUCUUCGGCCUCGACCCACUCUCCCUCGCACAGCUUGCUCUUAAGGAUGCGGAGAAGCUAGUCAAGCAGAGUGAGGACUGGCCCAAGGCGCACCUCAGAAAAGCAGCGGCUCUUGUUCUUCUGGAGCGAUACAGCGACGCUCGAGAGGCGUUUCUCAACGGCCUUCACAUCGACCCCACCAAUCACCACGCCCUGUGGGCACACCUUCUGUCGCUCCUGCCUCGUGCGUGUGUUGGAUCAUGUGUGACUCUCCAGGCCUUCUUGGAGCUGCAGUUCUCACACGAGUACGAGGAGAAGGCUUUUGAGUCGACUCAAAAGUCACAGGAGUACGAGGAGAAGCAAUUGAGUUUCGCCAUCCUUGAGCGGCUGUUCCCAGAGGAGUACGAGGAGAGGCGGCAGGAGGGGGAGGGGGAGAAGGUGGUAGGGCGAGAGAUCCUGCCUCUAUUCGUCAUGGACUCUGUGCUGCCAGGACAGAAGAUGGCUCUUAACAUCUUUGAGCCCAGAUACCGCCUCAUGAUCCGCAGAAUCAUGGAGGGAGAUCACCGCAUGGGCAUGGUGGGUGUGGAUCGCCGCACUGGUACCAUGCAGGACAUGGCAUGUGAAGUCAAGAUCUCAGAAUGUGACCCUUUACCCGACGGCCGUUUCUACAUAGAGGUGGAGGGAGUGCGUCGGUUCAAGAUCACCAGCAGCUGGGAGCAAGAUGGGUACCGAGUGGCUCAAGUGGAGUGGGUGCAAGACGUCCUUCCAGAGGCAGGCUCAGACGCAGCAAACCAGCUAUCAUCGCUAGCAGAGGAGGUGGCAGGGGUGGCAAGAGAGUGGGUGGCUCGAGUUCUCUCCACUGCUCGUGCAAAUCGGCGCAGCAGGCUGAUAGAGCAUGUGAGGAAUGCUGGAGACAUCCCUCCUGCCAGCCAGCCCGAGCGCCUCAGCUUCUGGCUAGCAAACCUGCUUCCCAUCGGCCCGGAGGAGAAGGUGUCAUUCCUGCGAAUGACCGACCCAGGCCAGCGCCUCACCCAGGAGCUUGCUCUGCUGCGCGCCCAUCCCCUCUCAUCGUGCCACCUGCAGUGA